AUGGAUGAAUUACGUUCGGACACUAUUUUAAGUGAAAUAUUAGAAGAACGAAAGUCUUUGACAGGAUUUUUGGAUGCAAUCUUUGGAUUUCUAAGUCGAAGAACCGAUUUCUAUCACAUACAAAAAAACAAAGAUGAACAAAUUGGAUUUCCGAGAGGCAUAAAGGAAGAGAUUCUAUUAAGUUGUAUGCAGAAAUACGAAAAAGACAAUAGGCCACAAGAACUGUCUCAUAGAACAGAGGAAGAAUAUGUUCCACCAGCAAUAGAAGAAGUUGAGAUCGAAACUGAAGAAAUACCACCUGAUGUUGAUACAGACGCGAACUCACAAAUUCUCAAACAAUCUGAAAAGAUAUCUAACAAAACACAUUUCAGUGAAAAUGAUUUCAAAAAUGGUGAUAAAAAUGACAAAUAUUGUUGGACCCAAACACAAAAAGAUGUUGAACUGUCUGUUCUCCUACCACCUGAAGUGAAAUCAGCAAAACAUGUAAAAAUCAUUAUGAAAUCAAAUCAUAUAUCAAUUAAAUCGUUGCUACCGCAAGAACAGGAACUUGUUAGCGGAGAAACUUGGUGUAAGUUUAAGCAUAACGACGCAGUAUGGACAAUUGUCGAUGGGAAAUUGGUUCUCAGUUUUGACAAAACUAAAGAACGUUGGUGGGAUAAAUUAUUUGUUCACGACGCUUCGAUUGAUAUUAAAAAGCUUGAUACAGAAAUGCCUAUUGACGAAUAUCCCGAGGAAACUCAACAACAAAUUGACAAGAUUCAAACACAGUUGAUAAACCAAAAUUUAGAUGAUGUAAAAAAUACCCCUCUGUCUAAAAGUGAACAAUUAUCCCGUUUAAAACAAGCAUGGAAUGCUGAAAACUCACCAUUUAAGGGUCAGCCAUUUGAUCCUUCCCUGAUUCAAUUUGAUUGA